CAAGUAAGAUAUGUGCGUUAUAAACUGUAAGGUGUUUUCUUUAAUACAGAAUAAAGCGUUCGAUAAAGCUUCCAAGACAUAAUUUUGGCUACUGGUUUUAAUUCAUAAUCAUAUAUAAAAAUGGAUUUAAGUCGCCUUUUAGCAUUUGUAGUACUGAUAUUUGUUCAUGGAGUUUAUUGUGACACUGAAUGUGAUUGUAACACUAAUAAAGAACUAAUGGAAUUGAUACAUAAGGACUACUUACAGAUGAGGCUUGAAAACUUUAAGAUUAUGUCACGUCUGAGACGCUUAGAAAUAACUAAACAAACUGUUUCUGCAAAGUCGGAUCCACUUACAGCAAAAGGUUCUAGGCAAAAAGUGGCGGACGGAAUCGACGCAAAAUAUGCAAAAAUAACAGCACAGUUAGAGCGAGUCAACGACAUAGACGCAAAAUAUGCAAAUAUAACAGCUCAAUUAGAGCGAGUAGACGAGAUUGAUGCAAAAUAUGCAAAACUUAAUGCACAACCGGAGCGGAUUAACAAACUGGAGGCCAACAUUGCACACUUGACAGAGCAAUCGGAAAACAAGACACGAACAAUCGAGGACAAACUAGCCAAAACAGUAGAAAAUUUGGAGCGAAUUGAUGAGAUCGAGGAUAAGAUUGUCAAAAUAGGAGAAAUGAUGAACAGAAAUGAAGCAAAUAUAACGACUCAAAUGGAGUGGAUGGACAAAGUUGACGCAAAACUUACAACAAUAGCAUCACAAAUCAUUGGUAUUCUCGAGAAAAUGGAUGACUACAAAAUGGCAUUUGAUUUCAGGAAUAUUGUUACUAAAACUAUAUUGGCAGAAAAAACUAGUAGAAAUAAGUUUGAUUCCAACAUCAGAAAUCAAAUAGAAAAUAUAAAACAUUUAUUUACUGAGUUCAAGACUGAAACAGCCACGUUGGUACAUGAUCAACGUGUUUCAUUGUCUACAAAACAUGAAACUUUCACGGAACAGAUGACCAGACAAGUUGCUGAAGUAUACCAUCAGAUGUACACAGAUAUAGGUGAUAUUACUUCAGAACUAAAUAAAGUAACAGAAAAAGUUUCCAAGAUGAAUACAGAGAUUUCGACUUUGAAUGAGAUAACAACUGAAGACAAAACUGAUGGUGCCUGGAGUAGCUGGGGCAAUUGGGGUUCUUGCAGUGUAACUUGUGGCGGAGGGAUACGAUCACAGACUCGAACUUGUACAAAUCCGAAGCCAUCAUUACUAGGAAAAAUUUGCGAUGGAGCUCCGGUACAACUAAGCAUUUGUAACAAACAAACAUGUCCUGAUCACAAGAUUGCCUUCACGGCUUAUGGCACAACAGGAACUUCACCAGUUGUAUUAAUCACGUUAUUAUGAACUACGGCAAUAGCUAUGACAGCUCAACGGGAAAGUUCACCUGCAAAGUGCCAGGAAUAUAUAACUUUGCCAUGCAGAUUUCAAAACUGUACAAUAAAUUAACAGAUCUUGUUGACUGUUUUAUUUAUAUAAAUUCAUUGGAACAAGUAGGUGCUAGAGAAGAUCCAAUUGGAAUAAGAAAAGAACCUGACAAGGAUGGAUAUUCUAUCAGCGUAUCAGGCACAUUUCAUCUACACAGAAACGACUACGUGUUUAUCAAAUGCGAUGGUAUCAGUGUUGUUUUCACAGACAGAAGAUCCUCAUUUACAGGGUUCUUAGUGACACCUGAUAACUGAUUAUCAUUUGUAUGUACAGCUGUCUGUUCACUUAUGUCCAUAUUGAUAAUAAAUAUUGCUUAAAUGUUA